AAUACUAGACAACUAAUAAAUGCAACGAAACUGAGGCAUACGAUAUGAUCAAUUGGUUAUCGCAAAUGCAAAUUUAUUACACUAACUAUACGUGUGCCGGGUAUGGACGGGACAGUGCUAUAUGUGCCCUACCGGUGCUGCACAACAUACUAUUACCUGAUGAUAGACCCCCUGUGCCCAAUCCGUUCAGCAAAGAUUGUAUAAACAAGAUUGAGCUUGAUUCAAUGUUAGAUUGUGCUAGAUCGGCUGAGCGACAAUUUAAUGUUACCACAAUUAAUGGCACUGAGCGACAAUUAUGUUGUGCCUUAUGGCAAAACAUUGAUUGUUUCAGUGAUCUAGCUAGCUCAACCUGUGCUGACAAUGAUCACAAAGCCUUGAAUAAGUAUUUUGAUCAAUUUAUUGAGUAUAUUCAAGAGGUUGAAUGCGAAGACAAUACCUAUGGAAGCGCUGUUUGCCAGCAAAUGGUAGAUGAGAUACCGGUGCUAACCGACAGCUCAGACCCCCUAUUGAUCAACAACUCAAUGGAUGAUUACAAUGUAAAUUAUGGCGUCAACAGUAAACUGACCCUAAGUGGUCAGGCAAUCAGUAUUGUUGGGUACAAUGGCCUAGUUAAACGCGAUCAAUCAAACAUGGUCAUGCCCGUUUACGAUGAUGAUCAACAAUCAAUUUAUUUUGAUCACCAUUUGCUUGAAUAUCUGAUCACAAUAUUACCAUAUUUAAUGAUUUUGAUGGCAAUGUUGGCCCUGAAU